GUCCCCUUUUUAACGAGCAUAGGCAUAGGCAUAGGCAUAGCAAGAAGCUUUACUUCCGAGAAGGCCACGACAGAGGCAGGGACCGUCUCUCUUUCUGAACUCCACUGAAGUUCUGUCUCGUCAUACUACAGUAACUUCCACUAACAUAAAGCUCUCCUUUCUCUCACAGCAUCUCAGUCCGUGAAGAAGGAAUCCAUAUUAUCACGCCUUAGAUUUCCUUCAACUUAACAUAGAAGAAUCCCAAAAGAAAAAAAGAAAAAAAAAAAAGAAAAAAACGACUUCUCAGAGAGAAAGAAGAAAGUGAAGACGACGACGAUGGCGACAACGACGGAUUGUUUGGGUUCUUCUCCUUCGCCGACGAAACCAACAACGCCAAACCACCGUUCUCCUUCUUAUACUCAGACUCAGAGAGGUGUGCAAAACGACACCUGUUUCCACUGUCGUAACAGAGGCCACUGGGCUGCCAACUGCCCUUUCAGAUCCCCCCUUCAAUCUCAAUCUCAAUCUCUAUCGCAAUCUCAAUCUCUAUCUCAAUCUCCUAAUUCCGACACUUCCAUUCCAUGCCCGUACGGACACGGCUCUUGCAUUCUCAAAAUCUCCCAAUCCAGAGCCAACCCUGGCAGGCCUUUCUACUCUUGCGAUGUUUGUAAAUUUUUCAAAUGGCAAGAUGAAUUGGAUUUGGAGAGUGGUGGUGGUGGUGGGUCCAACUCCAACUCGAAUUCCAAGGCUAGGCGUGAUCGAGCUCAGGAUUCUUACCCGGACUGCCUCUGCGGUGCUGGGAAAUGUGAGAUUGUACAGGAGAGAACUGGGAAAUACUUUGUUUGCCCUAUUCAAAAGGGGCACGGAGCUUGUAGUUUUAGAACAGCGGUUUUCUGUACUCAGCCCCCUAAAACUGCGAUGUCUGACUUCGAAGAGGGUAGUCAAGUUGGCUAUCUGAGUCCAAAGAGAAUGAAGUUUGAUUCUCCAGUCAUGGAGAAUCCUGAUCAAAUGUCUAUGCCUGUUGGCCCUAGUCCUCGCAUAGAAGAAGUCGCCAUAGAGAGUGAUAACUAUGGUGAUAUUUUGGACAUGUCUACCAUUCACGAGAUGGUAAUGGAAGAUGGAGAAAUAGGCGUUUUGUUAAUGGAGAAAUCUCUCAAAAUUUCCCGUUUGGACAUGUCUACCAUUCACGAGAUGGUAAUGGAAGAUGGAGAAAUAGGCGUUUUGUUAAUGGAGAAAUCUCUCAAAAUUUCCCGUUUACCAACCAAAGCUAUUCAGCGCCGCCAAAUUGAGUCUUUGAGACAGAUUUCUGCUUCUGAAGAUGCAACUUCUGCUGAUCGUAUUCGACAAGUGGUACGUGCUCUUAUAACAGGUUGGUUAGGGAGGCUUGCAUUCCCUCCGUCUGGAUGCCUUACAAUUCCUCAAGCAAAGCCUUUCUUUUGCUGUGUUUUCCCAUCCCUUGAUCCUAUCUCCAUCCCUAAGGGCGUGGAUACUUUCAAUUCUGGAGCUCUUAAUGACCAGCCUCAUACUCCUUUCAAUGCUGAACCUGAUUUAUCUCUGCAAAUCUCCAGUCAGGAUUCUCAAUCUGGCAUUCUUUCGGGGCUUUCAAGCAUCCUAAAUGUUCCCGGUAUACGGCAAGGGAGAGAUUUCACGAGACAAAUCUCAAGGGCGCUUGUUGAAGUAGGGGUACAUGUACAAAGUCAACUGCUCACUAUUCUCGACUCUACGGAAUCACGUAAUCACAGAUCAAUGAUGGAAGCAGCAGACAAAACGUUCUCUCUUCUGAACCAGCUUUCAGUUGAUCAUAGGUCUUUUUCUGAGCAUGUGAGAAAGUUCAUUUCAUGUACGUCAUCCUUGGCCAAAAUAGAGGAGUCCAUGAUGGCUGGACAAUCCUCGGAAGAGAUCAUGGAGUGGUAUGACUAUGAGAGAGCUAACUUUGACAAGUUAUCAAGAAUGCAGGCUGAGACAGAGGAUGCAGUUACGGCCUCUGAUAAGCGGCUGAAGUCACUUGGGGAAGAGGCUUCACGCUUGAAGAAAAUGCUACUUCAAGUUGAGGAUCAGUUGAGGCAUUUCGAGAAAGAGAAUGCAGAGCUGAAGACUAGAUCAAGAAAGAUUUCAAAGGACAUCCUGGAAUUAGAAAAGAAAUUGCAGGAAGCAGAAACAGCAAAGAGGCUGCACGAGGAAAGAGAAAUGGAAAUAAAUGCUGCAAAGAAAUCCUUGGAAAUGGCUAGGAUUCAAGUUCGGCAGUCGGUAUUUACGGUGUGAUGUGGGUGGAACUUUGAUUUUUGCUUUUGUUGUAUAACUUAGAUGAUGAACCUGACAAUGCCGCAGAUUACAAGUCUUUGAAUUAACAUUUAGCUGAAUCGUUGCAACUA